AUGAUUAGGAGCGUGCGCACCGGGUUAGCCAACAUGGCGACUAAGUGCCUUACACGAGCUCUAAUUCCAUCAUAUUUACCAUUAGUUGGACGCCGCCUUUUAAACUACAAGGAGAUCAACCUAAAGAUUAUAUCAAGAAAUAUUUGUUGCAUUUCUAGGUGCAACUUUUCUAAGGCGGCAAGUCAAGUGAAAGAGGUCGAUGAGGCGACUGAAAAUAGUGACCCCCAAAAAACGAAAAUUCCAAUUUUGGGUGAAUUUGAGAACAGAAAUCCUCGAAACGAAGAAUAUUUUGGAUUCAACAAACCAAGAGGGUAUUCUACACAAGUUUACAGGGUUGAUUUCUACAACAAGUAAGUUUGCUUCAUCUAAUACUGCAGCUCUGUGUGUCGAUUCAACAAAUCAACAGUGGUUCAGUGUGUUAACGAAUAUCGUUGUUGCUAACAGUACAGACCACGCUCGACCACUGUCAAUUCGCUUUUUACUACAAUAUCGUUGUCAAAUAAACUGAUUCGUUUUACUUCGUGACCAAGAUCGUGACACCUUGACGCAAGCAGCGUUGUCUGUACUCCUAUCGACAACGGUAAAUUGAUCAAUCAGAUCACUACAUUACUGCCAAUUGUGGUAAAAAUUCAAUCGGUGGUAUGUGAGGCUUCUGGCGGUCAUCAUCAGUUAAAUUGUGGAAUUUCCCGAGGAACUUGAAACUGGCUGAUUAAUAUCAUCUAAGAACAAAAGAUUACGUGAUUAAAUGAUGCUGAAGGCCUACUCAGUUCAAGUGGAUGACAUUUUCUGCGUUAAUUAUCUCAGGGAGUGUGGGUACUUCUACUCAUAAGGAUAUUGUGAAAUCAUUCUUGUGUUUUCUUCAUCCACAGACUUCAAUUCUUAAUAACAAACCGGCAUACAAGAGCUCAGGUGGUGCAUAACAGUGGAUUGGUGCUGGUGUCCGCAUCCACCACUGAGUUUGAAAUCACACGACACCUGUACAAAACUACAGAUGUUACUGCUGCAAGGAAUAUUGGCAGAGUUAUUGCACAGAGAUGUCUAGAGGCAGGAAUAACAAGUGUGCGAUGGGAAGCUAUGAAAGGGGGCUUACGCAAACAAAGGGUAACAGAAGCUGCUAAAAUUGAUAUAUCGUCCUAAAAUUGUCAUUAUUCUUUUUGUGCUGCAGGUAUUUUUUUUACCAUAAUUUUAUGAUAUUUUUCUAUUCCUCUUCACCCUUGAACCCUGUCACUCUGAGGAUUUACAAAUAAAUUAUUUGCAUUGUUUGUCAUGUGUUUCUAAUAAUUUGACUCUGAGGGCUGGUUAUAUGCAUGUAAACAAAGUUUAGCUGUUGUUUAACAAAAAUGCAUUUUAUGCCAUCUUCAAUUUAACCAAAACUUUUAUCUUAACAUUUAUUUUAGUGAACAGUGGUAAAGCUAAUAGUGGAAGGGAAUUUAUUUGAUGGAAACAAAUGUCUUACAGAGAUUACAUAUGGCCCUGAGAGCUAAGUGUUCAUGCAAAGACAAAGAAUAUCCUCUUACUGAAGUUUUUUCUUUCUUGUCAUUAGAAAGAAAUUGGAGAGAAAUUUCUUUUUUGCCCUCUGUACUUCUGGGGAUCUAAGGGCUUGCGCCAAAGAUCUAAUUCAUAAUUCUCCCUUCCAGGUUCAAUACAUUUUGUGGUAAAUUAGUUAAGAGAAUCUGGUGUUAUAUCAGCUAACACUCUCCAAUUAACAGCUUUGUCCAUUCUCUUUGACUGAAAUUUGGAGAGUGCAUUGAAAUUAUUGGGAGAAGUUGUGUGGGUGAUGAGGGAUUUCAGGAAAUCCAAGGUAGAGAGUUAUUGGUGGAUGAUGUGACAAUCAAAUGGUACUUCUAUUUCCAUUGUGCAGACCACUGCCUUCUCAGAAGCCAUUAAGGAAGGAGGUGUCAUACUGAGUGAACCCAAGAAAGUUAUACCACCAGAAACAUAUUAUUUAGGUAAGUGGUUGUUAGAAUGGUAAACAAAAAUUUAGGCAUUUGAACAACGUCUGGGAGACAUAUCAAGAUGUUGAAGAGGACCAGUUUACUUGCAUAAAGUUUUGUCCCCUUUUUGGCAUUAUGCAAACAUCUUCCUUAUGUUAAUGUGUUUAUUUCACUUAUUAGUUUUUUUUUUGGUUCCAUGUUUUGUUUCAUGGUUCAGGCUAAUGGUUAGGAAAAAAAAACCCUGGGCCAGCAGUUUUACCCAAAAACCCUUGAACCAAAAUUAACCAAAAAAAUUAGCGAAUCAGUAUCAUGCAAAGGGUGUAAAUUACUCAUGUUUGUUUUACUUACAUUUGUUUUUAAUUGAGUGUCUUGGAGGAUGGUGAUAUUUUUCAAAUUUUAGUUGGCAUUGUCCAUGCCUCGAUGACAUAGGGUAGUUCACACUUUUGAGUCAGUAAAAUUAUCACAAAAGAAAUGUUUGAUGUUCUUGCAGAGGUAAAACACCAAGACAUUACUUAUUUCUUGUGCCAUGUUUCACAAAUUUCUCAUAUCUUAUCUCUUACAGAUUUUAGACCAAAGAAGAAGAGAAAAAAGUGGAGGAAAUUGCCCUAUUCAAAGCGAUGGAAGGCUCACUUGAACAAACCAAAAUAA